AUGGCAAAUGAUAUCAACAUAUCGAAAACACCGAAUCUGGCACCCGUUCUCUUCCUUUCUCAUGGAACAACGAUGAUGCUAGGCACAGAUUCACGAACCCGGGAUUAUUGGGAGGCAUUGGGCCGUGAUGCACUGCGCCACGGAGCUAAGGGUGUAAUCAUCAUGGGCGCUCAUUGGAACAGCCUGGAGGAUAAGAUCCACGUAGCCAUGAAUCCUAACCCAAGCAUCAUGCCUAUCUCCAACACCCUCCCCGAUCUAUGGGCAAACUUCAGGCCGAAUCCGGAUCUCGCAACAGGCCAACGCGUCAUCGACACCCUCCGAGCCAAGGGAUUUGACGUAGAUCCGGACCACAACUUCAACUGGAUGAUCGACACGGUCCCCCUGCUGAUCGGGAUGUUCAAGGACAAAUGCCCCCCGGUCACAAUUAUCUCCCAGAACUCUCACUGGGACCCAUUCUUCCACGCUCGCGUCGGAGCCGCCCUUCGUCAUCUGCGUGAGGAGCGAUACCUCCUGAUCGGGUCGGGUGGAGGCGUGCAUAACCUGUAUCUGACGGAAUGGAAAUACAUGCUGCAGUAUAAAGACAAUUUCGCUAUGGAGCAGCCGCCGGAGCCCAAGACAAUCGAGUUUCGUCAGUCCCUUGAGGAUAUUAUUUGCAAGAAUGGAGGAGGGCCGGAACUGCAAAGAGGUCUGACUAGGUUGAUGAAACACCCAUACUUCCGAGAUGCGCACGGCACGGAUGAGCACUAUAUCUCUGCGUGCUUUGUGGCCGGGGCCGUAUCUUCCGUUGAGGAUAAAGGUACCAAAGGCUGUCUCGGGGCCGAAGCGUGGGAACUGUGCGAGUCCCAAUUUUGUCUUGGUACUUGGCCAGAGGAGUGGUUAGAUUAG